AUGAUUGACCAAAUUCAAUGGCUUAUUGAAAAUUGGGAGCUCGUCGGAAACUCGCUGCUCUACAAAUUCAAGGAUCAAAAGUUUUUGCUGACAGCUUUGAAAGGCUUGAGAAAUGGUCUUGUGUAUGUUUUCCAAUGGCAAAAGUUGUGAAAAAGCGAAAAAUUUUCAGAUAUGGAGUCCGGAUCCGAGCACCUCACGCCCUGGUUAUGGUCUUUCUGUUCGGAGAAGGAACGUAAGUUUUACCAACUUUUUCUUUUAUUUAUAAGUUUUUCAGCAUUUUCCAAAAGCUGCUCACAAUCUUCCGGCUCACGAAAACUCACGCUUUGAACCUGGCCAAGUUCGUUUUCUCGUACAAAUUCUUGCAGGGAGGACUAGCAGAACUGGGCGGAAAGAAGAAGGAGUGGCACAGUUUCGCAGCCGCGUUCGUCAUGGGAUACUACGUUUUCGGAGAGAACAAUGCGGUUAAUAUGCAGGUGAAGAGCCCGGAAAUGCUCUUGGAAAACGAAAAAAUUUCAGAUCAAUUUGUAUUUGCUAUCACGAGUUGUCGUCGGAUUGACGAAAUUGGCGGCCAAUGAGGAGAUUAUUCCACAGCCUAGUGAGUCAUUUUUAAAGUUUUCCGUUUGGAACCUUCUUUUUCCAGACUUCCCAGUGUUCCCGUGGUUCGGCGCGGCCGUCUGGGGAAUCGUGCUCUGGCUGUUCGAGUUCCACCCGACAGUCCUUCAAGGAUCUCUCCGAAAGUCUAUGACCUACUUGUACCACGACUCCAACUUCUGGACUGAUAUCAAGACGUUCCUGCUUAGAAACAAGUAG